AUGUUCAUAAGAAGAUUUUGCCUGUUGGAUGAAUGUGAAGCAAUCAUUUCAUUAAAAGAAUCGCAGGAGUUUGUUCCCAACGGUACUACUCUAGAAGAAGAAACAAAAUCCCAACCCGAUGAAGCUACGACGCCUAGUUUUACCAAACGUAGUGCAGAGGAAACGGAAGCAGCACAUGACCUACUCUCUCUAUCACAAAGUUUACCACCACUACCAGCGCCGAGCGUGGUUAUGAUACACCAUACAGUACCUUCAGAAGACGCUCCUCCUAGUCCGACACAUUGCUAUCGACCAUUGUCGCCGGAAUUAGCAAUGCGACAAGUAAAAGUCGAAGUGACAGAGAGAAGGCAAGUAUCUGUGAUUCAACAUGCUUCAGUUACCCAAACAACACAUUCUGUGAUAGUACCUCAACAAGUUGUACUACCCUGCAUAACAGCUUCUCCAAUAGUGUAUUUGGUGCAAGUUCCGGCAGCAGUUCCUACACCUCCAACAUCGGAAUGUUCAUCUGAUGUAGAGAAUUUGCAGCUAUGUACAGUGGAAAAUCUGCACCAAGACGUGACAGUUGUACCCGAUUCCAGCGAUGAUAUUAUUAUACUACCCUUAUCACCAGAACCUGAAAACUACGAGCACCAAACACAGCAGACAGUAGUCUCCUCUCAUUUAAGCAUCCCAGACAGGAGAAAGAGAAAAAAUAAACGAACCAAUAGGAACAAGAAAAAUACCGAAAAUGAUGAUGAUGACUUGAUCAUUGAAACCCAUCUUGAUAGUGUCGUACCAGAGAAUAUCUCAACAAUAAAAACGAAAUUCUACAAAGUGGUAGAGGAUGACGAAGACCAAGAAAUAGACGUCGAGUCGACUGAAGACAUUCAAAAAAGCAGAUACAUUUGUGGGGAGUGUGGUAAACAAUAUGCGACGUCCAGUAAUCUCUCCCGGCACAAACAAACCCAUCGCAGCCUUGACUCCCAAUCGGCGAAAAAAUGUGUAACAUGCGGCAAGGCCUACGUGAGUAUGCCCGCUCUAGCUAUGCAUUUACUCACCCACAAAUUGGCCCAUAGCUGCGGAAUCUGCGGUAAGCAAUUCUCCAGGCCUUGGUUGCUUCAAGGCCAUCUUCGGUCGCAUACCGGGGAAAAACCGUACGGGUGCGCGCAUUGCGGUAAAGCGUUUGCCGACAGAUCUAAUUUGCGGGCGCACAUGCAGACGCACUCAAACGACAAGAACUUCAGUUGUAAUAAGUGUAACAAAACGUUCGCGUUGAAGUCUUAUCUUAACAAACACCUGGAGUCUUCUUGUAUGAUGUGGGAUUCAAAAACGCAGAAGUAUAAGAAGACAGUGCAUGCCGAAACGCAGACCCUCACCGUGAAGGUUGACUAA